UGGAAAAUGCCAACAUACCUCUGCCAUUUUUUAUGGAUUUUGUCCGGUAACAAUUAAUCACUCUAAAUAAUUUAAAAGUUUUUACUGGCCAGUUUGCAUUCGUUGAAUUUGUUUUACGGAACAAUGGAAAAUGGCAGGAAAAUAUAUCGAAGAAAGCAAAAGCAAGCUUUGUGUAAAAAAAAAGAUAUUUAAUAACAUACAAUGUUCAUCAGGGACAAAAGCAUCUCAUCCUGUUCCAUUUUACGUUUAUAACUCAAAAAUAAAAUUAUUUAAAUCAAGAUCUUGCCUGAGGAAAGUAAGCCGUACCACGGCAAAAAUUGCUAAAUAUCACAUCUUAGAAAAUAAGAAUGUGGGACUAUGGGAUAUAUGUCAUAGAAUUCUGAGUACAGAUAUUGGGCUUGCUGAAUGUUACAAAAACAUUAAUUUGGACAGUGUUAUUCCUGCAUUGUUACCAAUAUUGGAAGCAUUCAGAGAUAAACAUAAUAGAUUUGAUUAUUUUAAUAAAUUGAAAUAUACGAUAAAAAGGAAUAGUCAAAGAACUUGUAAGACUCAAUAUAAGACUCAAUUUAAACAUCAAAUUAAUGUUCUUGUAUUGCAAGCUUUCUUCAGUUUGUUAAUGUAUGAAGUUGUCCCUCUUGAAUUAUUUGGCACAUCAAGAAACCGAAAGUCUAUAAAGUACAUGAUAUUUCAUCUUUUAAAAACAAUUCCAGUUAAAAUAUCAAUAAUAAAAUCAUAUAAAAGAACUAUACGUAAAACGAAUACCACUGGGGGAAUAUUAGAUUUGGAACCAUUAUUCAAGAGGCUGGAUAUUUCUCAAAUUCAGUGGUUGCAUUCAAUUGAUAAUACAGUACAAUGGAUAGUUAUACUGAAGCUAUUGCAUUGGUUUUUUAAACAAUACAUCAUAAAGAUUUUACAUAAAUAUAUAGUUUUGAAAAUACAUAGAAAGCAAUGGGUUUAUAUUACAAAAGAUGAUUGGUGCAAUAUGCAAGAAACAUUUAUAAAAGAAAAAGAGAAUACUCUUAAUCUUGUGCCAUGUACGAAAUUAAAUAAGAAAUAUAUUGGGACAUAUAAAUUUAUUCCAAGUUCUUCUGGUUUGAGACCUUUAUAUAUAACUAGGAAUAAUAUUAAAGAGAAAUAUGAUGAUACUGAAGCUGUUUUAAGAUUUUUGCAACAAUUAUAUGUCACGUAUUUUGAUGAAAAUGGAAUGUCAACUGUACCAAACUGUGUAAAAGCGAUUAAGAAUUUUAUAUCAAAAAAAUUUAAGGAACAAUCAGAAGGAGUUAAAGAAACAAACAGAAACACACAGAAAUUAUAUUAUGUUCGUUGUGACAUUCAAGAUGCAUUUGGUUCGAUAAAUCAAAAAAAAUUAUAUGAUAUUAUUGAAAUGUCUUGCAAUGAAUUGUAUGAAAAGUAUGGCGGUUAUCUUGCAGUACGACUUUCUAUCUUAAACACUAAAAAAAGGCAAAGUAAAAUGAAAAAAUAUACAGUGCAAGUUUUAGAGCACUACCUAAAGAACUCUAAAAAAAAUAUACCUCUGAGCAAAGAAAAACCUAAAUUGGUUCAAAUAAAUAAUUUGACUAUGAUGAUUAAGAAGUUCAUUUUUCAGCGAAAAGUCAAAUUUAAUGGUCAGAUAUAUUCAAUAAAACAAUAUGGAGUGCCUCAAGGGGCAAAAUUAUCUCCUAUUCUCUCAGAUAUAUAUUACCAAGACAUGAUAAAAAAAAUGUUCUCUGAAUAUUUAAAUCAUGGCCUUCUGACCAGAUAUGCAGAUGAUAUCUUAUUCAUCACACAGAAUGAAAAAAAAGCAGCACGAUUUCUAAAAAUUAUUCAAGAGGAAGGUGUAAGUGAUUAUAAUGUUAAAUUCAAUAAAGAUAAAAUAGAAACUAAUGUAGGACAGCCUUAUAAACCUACAAAGGUAACAUUUUUAAAACAAAAAUUUCUGAUAUAACAAUUUUAAUAUUGUACUUUAAAAUCUGAUAAACGCUGGAUGCUGGUGGUGUGUUAAUUCUUAUGCUGUAAUAAAAAAAUGAUAUAGGACAGAAGAUUCUGUGUUACUAUAAAAUAAAGUAUCAUUACUAUCAAAUGUCUUGAUUCUAAACUUUUCCUCAGUCAAAACAGUGCAAUCAAUUUUCUAGAGAAACUAUCAAUAUCAACAUGUUUAUUGAUAAUAUUUCUUAAAUAAAGACUAAAAAUAAAAAUUUAGAACACGAAAUAUAAAUUCUAGAUUUUAAAAAUAAGAGUUUAUUUUAAAUUAUUGCUAGUAAACCGAUACAAUAUCUAUAUUUGUAUUACAUUAUUGGAUUAAAUUUUAUUUGGUUUUCAUUAAAGUGUGACUGCAUGAUUCGCAAAAUUAUUUAGAAAUUCUAUUAAAAUCAUGAAUCGUAAAACAAGAAUACAGGUUGAUUUUUGACGUUUA